GAUACGAACAAUCCAGUAUCUGCGUCAAUAGGAGUGUAAUUUUUUUUUGUGGCAAAUAACGUCGUACGAACCGAGAACAUAAUCGAAAACAGUCGAAAUUCUACCGUUACAAUUUAAAUUUGAAAACGAUUAGAAAGUAUAGAUAUCGCAGAAAAUGCAGGGUAUACAGCAGUGCGCACAACGGUUUAUAUCGAACAAAUUAUUUAAUACAAAUAAAAUAAAUUGUUUAUGUAGCAUACAAAGAUUGUUUAACGGAUAUAUACCCAAAAAUAAUGAUAAGGAUAGAAACUUUCUUAAAUAUAAUGAAGUUAUUUUUCCCCCACAAAAACCAGGUGAAGAAAAGAGACCUGGUUAUGUUUGUCAUGCAAAGAAAAACAUAAAGUACAGUCCAUUAAAUAUGUGGUAUAUUGCUGGCUUUAUAAGGGGUAUGACUGUGGAUGAAGCUAUUAAACAAUUGAGCUUUUUAAAGAAAAAAGGUGCAGCUAUAAUAAAAGAUGUUCUACUGGAAGCACAAAAUAUGGCUGUACAAGAACAUAAUAUUGAAUUUAAGAGCAAUUUAUGGGUCGCUGAAUCUUUUGCGACGAAAGGUGUAGUAAUAAAGGGUAUGCGGCGUCAUGCUAAACUGAAGCUUGGAGUGGUACAUUACAGACAUACUAAUUAUUAUGUACGUCUAGAAGAAGGAAAUCCACCAAAACAAUAUUAUAUAAGAGCAAAUAAAACUGGUGAAGAAAUGCUUAAAGAAUGGAUGGAAAAUAUGCAUGUACGCAAAAUAAACAAUUCACUGUAA